AUGCUGAGGCAAUCGUCAGGCAGGAGCCACAGAAGCAAGAAGCUCCGGGCAAGCCACAGUUUCCAGGCGUUCCUGCUCGUCGCCAUCGCCAUCUGGAUCGUGUACCAGCUCACGCAUUCGUACGGCGAGCGACGGCCAGUGUCUGUGGAGACCGGCAGAAGUGACGCCGAGCUGGCGCGGCGCCUGCUGGGCAGGAAGGGAUUCGUCCACUUCGCAGGGUACGCCUCCGUCGAUGGCAUUGCUGGGGCCGGCGAGUCGUCGGAUGAUCCUCUGAGCAAGGCUAGCGACGAAGACGACCGAGAGGGCGAUGAGGAUGAUGGUGCCGAUGGUGACGUUGACGACGCGGACGACGGCCUCGCCGUUGCCGCUGAUGAAGAGGACGAUGGCAUAGAUUUCCAGUCACAAGACGGCAGCCGUGAGGACGAUCCCAAGGCCGCGCGAGGAACUCAGAAUGGACUGAACAUAAGCACUGUUCCUCCGGUGAACGGCACCGGCACUGUGCAAGAUUGGUGCUGA